AAGAUGAGAGAACAUCAUUUGUUUGUGAACUCUACGUACGAGCAAUAACGGCGGGCAUGAACGAAUUGGAGAAGCUAAAACUGGAUCCACAUAAGGAAUCGGAGGCUCGUUCGGCCGAGCAGAGUCUCUCCGCGUGGUUCACGCAGCUGGGCGCAGCUCUGGGAGCCAGUGCUCGGCUCAGCUGCGAGUGUGUCCUGACCGCCUUCUCCGUUCACCCCUCGCUCGUCAUGUACGAUAAAGUCAAGGACGCGCCGCAUCUGCCGCUACUUAGCAAGGUGGACACCCAAGAGAUGACUAAUAAAGAGUCUAGUUCUGAGUUUGGUAGCUGGGCAACGGAUAGUCGAACACAGACAAACCUUGUUAAGACUUCGGAAACAUUAAAACUUAAACAGACACAGAAACAAGCGAAUAUUCUUUCCACAGCCAUACUCAAUGAGGGGGAAAGUAUUGGACUGGAAGAGAACUUGUGCCAUGAUUUGGCUGUCCUAAUAUCAGGGCCAAGAGUAAAAACACUUUCUUGGGAUAUGGAACGUGAGGCUCUUUUAGAGAACUGUCGAGCAUACAUGGAAAGGACUCACGCGGGUACAAAAGCAUUGACAACUGAAUUGAAAUAUUUGAACUUAGACCCGCGGUCAUUUCAACAUUUACCGGAAGAAGAUGAUGAGGAAAACAAUAUAUAUUAUGGUAUUGAGAAAGGUUACGAACACUUAGUGGAGUCGCAAGAGUCACAAACAUCCGAUAUUUGGCAAGACGCAUUCUUUGACAGUUCUAGUUCAAGCUCAAACAAUAGUGAACGUAGUAUAAAAAUCAGGCGGCGUAAAAAGAAAAUUAAACGGCUACAAGUGACAGAGGAAGAAAAAGAUCCACUCAGUAUAGAUACUGUUAUUUGCAGUAAAACUGAAAACAGUGUAGGUGAGACCAAAGAACGAAGCAUGUCUAAGAAGAGUUUGAAAAAAAGUGUUUGUGUUCAGGAGGGCCCAGAAAAGGGAAAUCAGGACGCAAUUCUGAGUAUUAGUAAUAGUGAUGGGAAAACAACUGAACAGAAAUUGAAGAAAGAAAAACGAAAAGAGCGGAAGGAGCGUAAGAAAAAUGUUAGUAAACCCCAAGUAGAUACUUCCGAGCAGUUACUAAGUGGACUGAGCCAUCUUAUAGGACUGAAAGUUAGAAAAUCCCCUCAAAACAUACGGUCAGAAAAAUCUACACAUAGUGAAAUUGCACUCAAUAAAGCACUGGACGAAACUUCAUCCAGUAUUUCAGAUGCGCUAGUAAAAUCAGGAAAUGACUCAAAUAUAGUUUAUGAUGGGCAAUAUUCUAUAGAUGAAAUGACUUUAUCCAAUAAAAGCAAUAGAGAUCAAGAUUGUACAAAAAAUGAGAGUGAUCAUCAUUUCGUAAAUGCUGCUUCCCAAUCAUCUCACGGUGAUGCAAAAUCUCAUACAAUAAAAGAGAACACAAAACAAAGCAUUCAAAAGUUAAUUGGUUUUCGUCGUCAUAAAAACACAGAUAAACAGAACAUAAAUACAAACUCACAAAAUUCUGAUGUAAAGGUGUCGGAUAAAAACGAAUUUUCUGAUGAAAAAUUUAGUCCUAAAGCAGUUUCGGUGCCAAAGAUUCCAUCAGCUGUUAUUUCGAAAUCACAAGAUAUUAAGCAAAACCAUCAAAUAGAUCAAAUUUUAAGGGAAUACAAUAGUAAAAUAUCGGAAGAACAUAAUAACUUCAACUAUGGUCUCAAUACCUCGAUGACUAGUAUAUCUAAAUCAGACUACCACAGCCAAAAAGCAUUUCAAGAGUUUGUCAAGAACCAUGCUUUGCAACCGACAUUAUUACCUCAAAAUAAUUCAACAACAGCGAAAAUAUGUACUCCGAACAUUUUAAAAUCUUCAAGAAAAUUUGGAAAUCCAGCCACGAAAUCCGUAAAAACCUCUGUUAAAUCAUUAAUACGUGGCAUGACUAAAACCGUGACAUCCAAACAAAUCCAGCCUGAUACUGUUAGAAAAGAUAAUUAUUCUUCAAAACCUGGUAUGUCACAUGACCCUUCACAAAUACAUUAUAAAACCUUUAUCAAGGAACUUCAAGAAUCUUUAAAUCCGGGAGUAUUUAAUGAACAGAAAACUAAAGCAAAUAAUGAUAAUUCAAACACUCAUACAACACUAAAGCAAUCAAAAAUGGCAGAUAAAGUGCCAAAUACUUUUGCACGUCUGAGUUAUUUAAUAAAAAAUAAGCAAAUGGAAAACAAAUUAAAAAUUCAAGAAAGUAAAGUCCACUCAGGUCAAUGUAUUCCGAAUGCCCUCAACAAAAUGUUGCCACCUCAUCUACAAACAGGUGAAGUUGUAAUACAACGUGUAACUAAACAACCUGAACGCAAAUAUGGCCACCAUACGACGGACAAGUCUUCAAGAAAAGUGGAAUCUGCAAUGUUGAACUCUUUAAAAAUUAUAGCUGACCAUCCUCACUUGCAGAACGUUUUAUCAAAACCAUGUAUUAACAGCUAUGGUUCAGAUGUUGCUAUGAAUAACUCGUGUACUAAAACAAUGGAAAAUGAGACAGGCAGUGUGAACUAUACAAAUACUACAUCAUUAUUAAAACCUCGUUCUGUAAACAGUGGUAUUCCCAUGCCGAAUCACAUCACACCAGCAACUACAACAACAAAUUUAGAUGCAAACUCAAAACAAAAUAUAUCAAGUGCUAUAAAACAAAAUGAAAUUAAAUAUUGUACUAAGUUGAAUUCUGUUUCUGCUACAGCAACAUCACUAUCGGAAAAGGACCAAGCUGAUCUGUUGCUAUUGCUAAGACAGCAAAAUAAGCUUAACUCUCUUUGCGUUCAACCAAAAAACUCACACGACUUUAUAAAUGUUAAAAAUUCUAUGGGCUCUGAACAAAACACUUUGCAAGUCACAAAUACAGAAAUGCAUAACAGCUACUCAUCUUGGAAUACAAAUAAACAAAUAAAUUCAAUUAAAAACGACCUGGAAGCAGAGUUAAAGCCAAUGUCCAAUCUUAAUAAGACUAAUUCCAAUUAUAUCGAAUUCAAAGUAUUACAGAAAAGUGAUCUGGAAUUAUUACAAGUGGAGAAAAAUAGUGAACAAAGUAAUAUUUCACAGUUAAAUCAAAAUCAUUUAGGUGAUAGAAAUGCUCAACCGGCCAGAGAAUUUGAACCGUCAUUUCAAUCGAAUCAAGUAAAGAACAAAGAUAUCAUACCUAAAAGCACUUUUGAAUGUAUUCCAAAGGACACUAAAUUAAUAAAUACCGCACCUAUAUCUAGUAAUAAUCAUACAUUACUAAACAAUUCAAAAGUAAAAUAUUCUAAUUCAACACGACGGAAAGUAUCAUCAUCACCAAAAAAUAAAAAAAAUCUAGAUUGGCAAAGUGUUUUUAAUGAUCUUUCAAAGCAUAAAACUCCCAGUAGAGGUCCUAAUGCACUAGAUGUGGCAUUGAAUAAGGUUUCUAUUGAAAACCAUCACAUACAUACAAUAAGUAAAAUAAAUAAUACAUCCAAUAAAGUAAUAUCACAAGAAAAAACUGUUAUUGCUUCGAAAAGUACAAUGGAUGAUAAAGAUGAUCUAAAAAUAAGCAAGACUAUAAUUAGACCCACAUACAAGAGCACUGCAACAACUAUAAAAGACAGUUCUAAAAAGGAACCUAAUAAUACAGAUGAGAAACUAGAAACAGUUUCUACUGAAAAGACAACUUUCGUUAAGACGGACAAAAUGCGGGAGGAUCCAUUUAUAUCUGGUAUACCUAACUCUGACUAUGAUUUACUGGAAGAACUAAUGGAUGACGACUUAAGACAAGAAAUCGGUGAAUUAUCUGAUGACGACGCUUACUGUCCUUUAGAUUUAUACACACAGAAAGAGAAAGAUAAACUAAAACAUGACGAUAUCCUUAUAUCUGAAAAACCAUCAAGUUAUACAACCAAAUCCCAUAAAGAAAUGGAUAUUUCACAAGAUUCUGUUGGACGAAAGUGUAUUCAAAGCACUGCUUUAAAGUAUAUUGAUCUAAGUCGUUUAAGUAUAAAUAAACUACCGAAGUCAUCAAACAGCUCCAUAUUAGUGGAUCCAAAAAUCAAGAGGACCAGAGACCAAAAAACUAAUCCUAAACAUAACACAUGUAAAGUAAUCACCAAAUCUAAAAGGGAAGAAAGGCGAAACAUAAAAGAAUCGAGUGGCUCUCAAAACUUGGUUACAACAGAAACUAGCCUGACAAAUAUGACCGAUAUUGUUAUUAAUCCAAGUGUUUCUAAUGUAGUUCUUGAUAAUCAUGUUCAUACUGUUGAUCCGAAAAAAGUUUUAAUAGCACCUGCGGCAACUGCAACAUCAAGUCUGCAAAAUGUUGUUUUAGUUGGCUCUCAUAUCAUGUAUGACCCAUUUUCACAAUGUCAAAAAUCCAUCAAGCCAUGUAUAGCUUUAAGUGCAACUCCUAAAAUAACUAUUUUACAAUCCACACGAAUUUCUGCCCCAAUUGUCGCGCCUGUUGUAGUUAAUCCUUCAAUUAAUGCAUUAACUGAACAAGGGAAACCUUCGAGUCCCGGUUUAAUAAAUCAAUGUAAAUCGGUUACUGAUGGAGAUCAAUCUAUGCCAAUCGAAGAUAUGGACAGAGUAUUAAGAAAUCAUAACACAGAAGCUGUUAAUUUAUCAAACUCGUUAAUUAAUAAUUUAAACACAAACAAUGUCACCAAUAUAAAGGAAGAGAAAAAAGAAAGUGCUAUAGAAAGGUUAUCACAACAAAAAGAUUUUGGUGAACAGAGUAUAUUUAAAAUUACUAAACAUGAUGAUAGUAGUAUAGUAACUAAAUUAGAUCCACAAAAAAAAAUUAAGGUGAGACAAAAUAAUAGUACAAAGACCGACCGAGAACCAUUACGUAAAACGUCAUCACGUAUUAAACCGAUUUCAGAGAAUAAUGAUGAUUUAAUAAUAAACAAUAAUAUAAAUCAUGGUAACUGCACAAAUUUACUCAAUGAAACAGUAAAGCCUGUAAACCAGAAAUUAUCAGAAAAUUUGGCAAUCAAUGAGAAUUUUACUGUCAGUUGUGAAAAGAAUCAUACUGCAUCUCUAAAAUUAAAUAAGGAUGAUUUAAGUUUCAAAUCACAUGUGCUUGAUGUUAAAAAUAAUACAAUAUCAAAGGUAUUAUCUGUAAAUAAAAUUGCAGCUGAAUGUGGUGUGAACCAUUUGCCGAUGAAUCAAAGUGAUGUAUGCCAAAAAAAGGAAUUAUAUGAUGAAAGAUUGAAAUUAAAACGAUUAUCAUUAUUGAAUAGAGAAAUUGAACGAAAAUGUAAUCUAAAACCUAUUGCUCUACCGUAUUAUCCCAUUAAAACAAUUGCACUUCCAUUCUCACCUGUUAAAGCAAUAGCACUUCCAUAUUCACCAAUAAAACCAAUCGCCCUUCCUUAUACACCAAUAAAACCGAGAGAGGAUAAUCCCGAUAGAUUGGAUGGGAUAAAGACCAACAUAAGACAAGAUAAAUCUACUUUGGAUGAGCAAGUUUCUUGUCAGACUAUAGAGUCGCAGUUGCAACCGAUAACUUCUCACACUGGAAAGUAUGUUAAAGCGGUAACUGAAAACAAAUCGCAGAAAACACAAGACACUGAAUUAACUUCAAUAAGAUCAGAAGUUAAAUCAAAGAAUCUAGAUGAAUCUGGAUCCCAAUCAUUGGAAAAUAAUGAACCAAAUAUUUUAAGUAUUGAUAAUAUGUUAAAUGAUAAUAUUACAAAAAAACCCCAACAUUUUACUGAACCUUCAAAUAUACACGAACAGAAAAGAAAACGUACAGAUAUAAAGAACCAACAAGUACCUGCAACUAAAGCCAAAAAAAUUAAAACAACUUCAAAACUUGAGAUGAAAUUAUUGAAUACAGAUGAUAAACUGUUAACAGAUCUAGCAAACGGUGUUGUUAUUAACGAUAAUGCUAACAUUUCAACUCAAUCGUCUAUCGCUAAACCCAUAGAGAAUCCACAAAUCCCAAUCUUAAGUUCCAAUAAUCCUUCAGGUCGACAAUUUGGAAAAGUGAGAAAAUUACAAACUCUUGCAGCUUCUAUUGUAAAUGAUAUGAAGUCAUACAAUGGCGAUAGACCAUUACGAAAGGAUAUCGCAUAUCAGGUUAAGGAUGAUGUAAUCAUUGAUUUAACACAUGCAUCGGAAUUUACUGAAUUACCAAUUGCAUCUGAAAGCAACAAUGCCAUUAAAAAAACAACAGACGCAGUAGAAAUCUCAGCAGGUAUCAAAGGUGUACAAAUAAAAUCGGGUAGUGUAAACAAAGCCUCCAGAAUAAUAAAAGAGAAACCGGUAAUACCACACUCCAUUCAAAUAGUAAAACCAACAAAAGACCAAUGUUUGAAUGUUAAUGAAAACACUUUAUUUCAAAACUUCAAGGAUAAAAUACAGUUACAAGAACUUCCGAGGCGGCCUACAGACGAUCCGUUGAAAAGGUUAAUUCGAGUAAAAUUACCAAAUAGUUCCGUUUUUAGAGUGACUAUAUCUGGCAAACUAAAUGUUGACGUUAACUCAUUAUUUUCUGACCCUCAAAUGAGAUCUAUUUUGAGUGAAAAAUUUCAUUCAAAAAAGAAGUGCACUUUAAGUAUUAAACAAUGCACAGAGAAGGUGGAAAUUGAUCAAAUAACAUACUCGGAACCUUUUAUAUCUCCCGAAACAAUCAAUCUUGUAAGUGAUGAGGAAGAUGAUGAGCCAAGCAAAUUUGUAAUGAAAACUCAAUUUGGGAAUUAUACCGUUUCCUCUAAUGACACCGUCGUACUUAGGAAACACCAACUUAAAUUAUCCCAAAAAUGUGUAGUGGAAUUAGAAAAUGUUGAUAUUUCAAAUAAAAUAAUAUCGGGUAGUAAUACUGUUAAUCAUAAAAAUUCAGAUCCGACCAGAAUCGCCCAUUCGUUCGAAGAUCUAAAUCCACAAAAUGCGCUUGAUACUAUGAUUGCAAAUGAAAAUUCAGGAUGCUAUGGUAAAACAAAUAAAAGAAUCAAACGUGAUACUAAUGAAACUAUAGAACCCAAAUCAGGAAUUGAGAUAUCCAGAAGAUCUAUAAUUAAAAGUUUUAAGUCUGAUGAAACAAAGUGUCACCUUAAAGAGCCACAUUUUGAUGAAAAUUUAAUUGAAUCGGAGAAGCAACUGUUGUUGGAUUCAGACCUUAAAAAUGAUGCAAAAAAUGCUGUCGACAUUAGUUCCAAAUUAAAGAACGAACUUGAAUUUUGUAGUGUAAACGAGCAGCAAGCUAAUUUAAUACACGAAACAACGUGCAAAACAACAGAUUGUUACGUACAAUUAAGAAGAUGCGAUUAUUUACUGUCCAAAAAAAAUAUGGACAACGAAGACGAAAACUUCACACAAAACCACUAUGACUGUGAAAUGGAAUGCUGCUCUCCAUCUUUGGAGAGAAGUGGAUCAUUUUCUAUCUUAAAUGAUUAUGCAAAUGACGACGAUCCUGUCCAUAUUCCUUUUUAUGAAGAUUUUACCCAUUCCAAAGAUUUUUCUAAUAUAACAUGUAACACAGAUUGGCUCCUAACGAAACCAGCUAUUAAUUUAUUAGAGAUGCGGAAUACUAAGUUAUUUGAUAAUGACAUAGGAUCAUCUACUGUGCGUGAACAUUCGAUAAAUAUAACAUGCUGCACUGACUGGCUUCUUACAAAAGCUGCUAUAAAUAAAUUAGUGAAACAUAAGUUGCACGAUGAAAAAAAUUAUAUGUUUUUUAUAUGUGAUGAUUUACUAACUAAGAGACCAUGCACCACGGAAACAUCUUCAAAUACUGACUGUGAUAAUUCUGAAGUUUUUUUUGAUGCCGCCUGUCAUUCCGAUUGGCUGCUUACCAAACCUGCUAUAAAUGGAUUCGAAACACUUUAUAAAUAUACAUAUAUACAUGAAAUACCUGUAGAUGAUUUAGUAACAAAAAGCAUGAAUACAGAAUCGUAUUUAGACCAUGACAGUAUUAAUCAGAAAGUAUCAGAGUGGAUGCCUACAAAAUCUACUGUAAAUCAAGUAAAGAUAUUUAAUGAAAAAGUAAAUAAUGCACAUCAAGUAUCUUUUAUGUGUGAGAAUUUACUAACAAAUAGUAUAGCUACAGAGUCCUCCAGACAUGCGGAAUGCCGUCAUCCUAAAGUCAUUUCUAAUUUCACAUGUAUCUCAGAUUGGCUUCUAACAAAAGCCGACAUAAGUAGUCUUGUGACUCUUAAACAUGAAAUAUCUAAUGAGGAACAUGAAAUAGCUGUCACAUGUAAAGAUUUAUAUGUUAAUGGAGUUGCUAAAAACACAUUUACAUGUCCCCAACUUGAGUUUAGGACAAAAAACAAUCAAGGUCAAAAAGUUUCUUCAUUGAGUACGAUUAUGACUAAUUACUUUGUUAAUACCACAAUACUGAAAGACUUAAAGCCUAUCUGUCAUAAAAAUGAAAAAAUUACAAAUAUCCUCAAACGAAAGUUUGAGGAUACUUUUAGGCGUGAUAUAGUGACUAAUUCAUACAAAAAGAAAAUUAAGAAAGACAGCCAAAUAACUUGUAUGCAUAAAAAUGUAAGUAAACUAGAUUCACAGCAAUCCAAAUUAUUAUCACAUGGGAAUUCAAAUACAAAUGUCUUCGUAAAAAGUUUGAAUGAGAAAAUUUUAAGAGAUACUUUUUCAUUACAAUCAGUAGAUACUUCUUUGAACCGAGUUUUAAGCAAAAAAAAUCUCGAAACAGAAGCUACAAAUAUUGAAGAUGGAGAAAAUAUUGAGUGUUUUGAAAACUUGUUGAUACAAACUCGUAAUAGAACGAAAAUAGGUUUAUCAGAGCAUGAUAAAGAAUCUACAUUGAAUAAUGAAUUUAUAACAAUUGUAAAUAAAGUUAUUGAAUUGGAUCAUUGUGGAAAUAAAUCUACUGCUCAUGUGCAGGAUUCAAACGAUAUUGAAUCUAACACUAAAGAUGUUGAAAAUACUAAAACAACAACUAAAGUACAUCAUUCAAUUUUAAAAGACUCUUUAGAAGAUGGUCAUGCAUGUACAAUAUCUAAGUUAGAUAAACCAUCAAAUGAAAAUUUUAUCAAAUCUAUUUGUGACAAUUCUAAUGAGGUCUAUAGAGAACAAUAUUGUCCUCAAAUAAUUGAAAACAUAAAAAAUGAUUUAGAAAUAUGUGCAACGCAAAGUAGUAUUGAUGUGAAUAUAACAGCCAUAAGAAACAAAGAAAUCAAUGAAGACAACGAAAUUCUUAGUGGUUCUGGUUUUAAUUGUUUGCAUAGUGUACGUCAGUCGACAUACACCACUACUAAUAAAGAACAAAAAUCAUACAAUAAUGAAUCGAUCUCUGUAGUUCAAUUCACGGGUGAUCUAUAUAGGACAGUUAAGAAUUUUAUUGAUGAAGAAAUACGGCUUAGCUCCUUAUCAUCUUCAGAUUUACUUAAAACAGAGAAAAACACAUUGGGAAUAGAAUCAUCAAAAUUGGAAUCCAAUUUAAAAACUCGUGUAGAAGACGUGUACACGAACUUAGCAGCUGAAAAUUUAAAACAAGCAUUAUCACAUUCACUUGCUAAGAAUGAUGGAGAUGAUGAAAAAGAAAAAGGGUUAAAGCUUAUCAAUACAUUAGAAAUACUAACAAAAAAUAAAGAACCUAUUCAAUUCAAAAAGUUUGGAAUCAUUCCGAUUUCAAACGUUCAGAAAGAAUCGCCUAGUAACGUUACAUUAGUGUAUAAGGCAGAUUCUGAGUUAAUAUUAAAGGGUUCUGCAUAUCAAGACCCUAUAGUGGGCACUUGUUACGUCUUUCCAAUCAGAAAAAUUAGUUGUGAUAUACCUGCAAAUGAGGAAAGUCUGGAAAAAACGGAUUCUCUCAAAUCAAGUGAAGACCGCCUAGCGCUUUUAAUUCCAAAAAAGACCUAUUCAAAUUAUAAUUUUCACACAGACUCCGGAUCAAUUAUGGACUUUUCUGGAAAAAGAAAUUUAAAAAGAAAGAUUAACAUCUAUGAUUCUAAAUUAAGUGUAAAGAAGUACCGCAAGAGUAAAAAUAUUGAUUACCCUAAAAUAACAGUAGCUGCAAUGGUUGAUUCUUCUUAUAAAAGGGAGUUUUCGCAAUUGAUGAGCUACUUUAAAUCUGUUAAAUUUUCAUUUGCUAUUCCGUUUCAUAAAGAAACCUUUGAGGUUGAUAAUUGGACUAGAGCAUUGCCAAACUCUGACCAAGUUGGCUUAAAGAAGGUGGAAUAUCGCGAUGACACAAAACUAUUUUGCAGGGAUGAUGACAAGAAUUAUGAUCAAUAUUAUGAUCCGUUUCAGCAAUCCCUCUCAGAGGAAAUCGCGUUUGCGCAACAGAAUGCUGAAUAUACACCAAUUGAAAUUAAUGAAAACAAUUUUAAAAUGGGUUUUGGUGAGAGGUCCGACAGAGUUUUUCAAUGUCUUAUGAAUCGAAAUACUCUUAAAGUUUCGGCUGCGACUCUGUCGGACGUAAAACAUUAUCAGCCGCCUCCAACUGAGUAUUGCAAAAAUUACAAUAAAUUUCUAGCAGAAACAGAUAGCAUUAAAAAUACUCAACGAUUCAUAUCAUGUAUUCGUUUAAAAGAAAAAGUUCGUUCUUUUUUCAAAAAGUCAUCAAUGGAAUUAAAAUAUAGUUGUAUAAGAGAAGAUAUGAAAGAUGAUAAAGAAGACGGAUUUGAUGAAAAACUUAAUGCGUACAUUGAUUUGAGUGAUUUUUAUAAUCUAGAUUAUUAUGAAGCCCCUCAUAAUGAGACAGUCGUACAAGUAGUUCAAGUCGGACAGCUAACUGUAAAUGCAAGUGCACAAAAUCCUGUUACUUGUGAUCCACGAGUCACGCAAGUAACGGACGCCAGUCCUUCCCAAUGUUCCAUUGAAAACAGUCCACGAGAUGAUUCACAGCCAGGCAUGAAAGCGGAGUACACAGAACUAACUACAGCUGAUUUGAGUAUGCCAUUAGUUCGAGAAUAUGAGCGACAUCAAUCAUCAAAUAUUUUGCAAAAUGAAAGCGACAGACAAACAGAAACAGAAGAAAACAUACCAAUAGCGACUGAAGUCAAUUCCACUGUUAAAGUUGAAAUCACCGAAGAAGUAUUAGAAAACGAAGAAAACGGCUUCGAUAGUAAUGAUAACGACUUACAAAAUUUAGUUAAUAAUCAUAUCAACAAUGCUGCAUACGGAUUUGAUAAAUCAACACAUUCUGAAUCACCCGGUACAAAAAAUGCAAAUACUUUUAAUAAUGAUUCUUUUACCCAAUGUAGUGAUCAGAACAGUAGUACUAUAGAGAAAGCUGAUCAAAUUGCAUAUGCUAUGAGUGCAGCUGGUAUCGCUACUAAUUCGCAAUCCAACAUAGAUGAAUCUCUGAUUUUGACGAAUGACUCUGAAAAUAGUAAAAUAGAAGAAUCUACAAACGCUAAGCAAAUUAGUAAUAACAUAUCUAAACAUGCUCCGAUCAAUACGAUCGCGUUACAUCAAGCACUUGCCCAUAUAUUACCACCGCCUCUAAAUCGUUUGAAAUCUUCCGAUGGUAACCAUAAUUCUUCUUCCCCUCAGGUGCUCCACAUUGUGCAAGGCAAAAAUACUACUGUCAAUCAUCUAGCUUUAGUUGAAAACGCCCAAAAAUCAGUCAUUAAUACUCCUAGUCAAACACAAGUCUUGCAUAUCGUCCAUAAUAAGAGCACAUCCUCCAAUUCAGUGGCUUCUGCUCCGCCACCAAAUUCUUAUGCUGGGUUAUCGCUAGUUGAUAGUGGGGUUCAGCAAGGAGGUAAUCAACUUUUACACAUUGUUAAUACAGGGAGCCAAAAACAAACUAACUCGGGGCAGCUUUUAAAAAGAGUUAAUUUGUUGACAAACAUUAGUAACGUUCACGGUACUGGUGAUCAAAAAAUGGUGCAAUUUGUCUGUAAAUCAGCUGAUGGAAAAUCGAUCCAAUUAAAUGCUCAACAUAAUAGAGGUAUGGUUUUACGUCUUCAACCCAUUGAGUCUACUCACAUGCAAAAUAACGUUGCAAAGUCAGAUGGACUAAAUGAAAAAAGUCACAAAGAAAAUAAUACAAUUAAUAGCAAUGAAAGUAGUAGAACUCACCAAGAAAUAAAGUCACGUUCAGUAUAUGAAGAAAACUACGCAAAAUUUAUACAAAACUCAAACAAAUCCCCUGUGCCAGAAAAAAGUACAAGCUUACCUAAAUUUAAUCAAGCUUUUGGAAAGCCAAUAUUUCAAGACGAUGGCCAUAAACCUUCGGAUGUAAACGAUAGUAAUUCACAUUUAACUCCUAUUACAGUACAAACUGCUAACGAAAAUGCUGAAUGUAACAGAGAAAAUGCUGUAAACAUUGAUCAAAUCAGUCAUGUUAAUGCACCACCAUUACUUUUACGGAAGUGUGCACAACCUAGCAGCCAGUCACCUCAGGCAAACUUAAUCCAUCAAAUCAAACAGCCCGUAAAUGUACAAACUAUGCACGGUGGUGUGAUUUAUACAAGACAAAUACCUGUGAAUAUAGGCGGAGGUCAGACAAUAAAUUUAAUUACUGUUCCUAGUACUGAAUUGGUUGACGAGUCUAAUAAUAAGCAAAAUAUGAAUCAACCCGAGACGGAACAGUCUAUUAUUAAACUUGCGCCUCAGAAUCAAACAUCGAGUCCAGAUGUGUCGGCAGAAGAGAAUAGUAACCAUAUUACGAAUGAACAGCUACAAAAUAGUCAACCACCCCCCGUCUUAACGCAAAUGCGAAUAAAAUUGCCAAUGCUAAGUAAACCAUCCCAAAUUGUAUCUGGAGCAAGGGUUGUUCGGCCCUCAUUUUUUCAAAUACAACGGAAUGUAAUAGGAGGUGCGAAUCAGCCAGUCUACCAACAACUAGUGCUAACGGCGGCACCACCCCUUGGCCAACAAACAAUCAGACUUCCGCAGUCGCAACCCAACAAAUUUGCUAAACUUCCCACUGAAAACCAACCAACACAGGAGUCCCAAAUGAGCUCCUCAACACUUGAACAACUUCGAGAGUUUGACAUGGUUCUCGAACAGGUCAAAGAGAGAAGCACUAUACAACCUGCGCCUAAAAAUGAAAGUGCAGCUAAAUUGCACACACCCACAACGGAUUCUAGCGAAGCUACAUCUUCAAGUAAUUCGUCUUCGGAGUCAACUCAGCAAAUUUUAUACAAAAUUGGAAAUAAUGUCAAUAUCGCUUAUGUCAACCGUAAAGUCGCGACAGCUACUUUGCCCAAUGUAAAUAGGUCGCCAGAAUCAUCAAGUGCCAGUGACACACCGUCUUCGUCUAUUCAAAGCCAUGAAGUCCACGGUUCUUCAGGAGAAACACAGACUACUGAAAUUUCUUCUGUACAACAUCAAAAUAAGCCAGUAAAGACUGUCUCCAAAACAAAGUCUCGACCGAAGUCAUCAUCACAACCUUCGAACUCAGUUAAGGUGAAUACCGUGGCGCCUAAACCGUCUACUCAAAAACCUUUCGAAGACGAACAAACAACUCAAAGAAUAUUGUAUAUUCUAGCCGAGUAUAAAGAACAAGUUGAGAACUCUCCGGAUAAAGACAAACCAGCACCACGACGCAGGUCUAACCCACCUUCGCUUCCCGGGUCGUCAAAACGUAAGAAAAGUUCCAGUAGCUCUCGCAGACAUGGCACUCGUGAUUUGAGUCCAAUAAACGGAGACGAAACGCGCACAUUAGGCUCAGAAGACAGCAGUUGUGGUACUUCUCAAGGUGACCUUAAUGAAAGUUAUAUGGACAGUCAUUCUCCACAAGAUAGUCCAAGAAAAGUUCCAAAAAAAUUAAGUUUUGAACCAGAAGUACCGACAGCGCAGCAAUCACAAUCCCAGCGCAACGUCAUAGUUGCAGACGGUCAGACUAUUACUGUUGCCAGAGCUGCCGCUGGAAAACCAACUACAGCUGUGCUCAUGCCGGCGAACUACAUCUUGCCGGUCUCAAUGGUAAAGAGCGGGCAACAAAUCGCCAUCGUAACAAAUCGUGGACCAAAAAUUUUGACCGUUGGCUCCGACAGUGCUGGUAACACUGUUUUGUUACAAAGAAUAAUAGGACCGGGUCUUAAGCCUGUUUUGGCGAGACCGGGAGUUCGCCAUGUGCGCUUACCGGCUGCUGCUCUCCAUAACAUCCAAACGUUUACCCUUGGUUCUGCAGUACACUCGCAGCAGCCAGACACUACCGCUCACUUAGUUACAGCGACAAACCCACCAGAGUUGGUUGAUGUCCGCUCCAGUUCCAAUUCGUGGACAGAUCGCGUGGUUCAAGAGAGCAAGCCAGAAGAACCACCUCGUCCAGAAAGCUCAGAACCAUGGAAUCUAACGUCCAAUCCACACGACUACACGUAUGAAGAGAUUGUUAGAAGCGACAACUUGGAUAGAACAGUUCUCGUUGUGCAUAGAAAAGAUGGAAGCUCCCAGAAACACCACAGAGUAAGCCAUGUGUCCGCCGCUGCCUUAAGGCAUAGGUACGCCAUGCUUGAACACGAAUUGAGGCUACAGAAAUCAUUAUCAGAAGAAUGUGAAGACCUUGGCGUCGAUUCUCCAUCAGCGGCAGAGCUGUUCCCUGAAGCGGAACUCUUAUUUUCUUCGUCGCCAGCACACGAAGCGCCUCAGCAUUCACACACGCCACAACCUUCCGUGAUAAGCCAAAGCAGCAUACCACAUGUAGACACGAUAGACGAUCAGAUAGCGACGGACCAGCUCAUCAACACCAGCGACGUGCCUGAUGAAGAGGACAUCAGCAUGGCACUGGGUCUGGACGCUGGCCUAGUGACGGUCACCGAGGACGGCGCGACCAUCGCACUGGAUCCGCAGGAGUUUGCCAAGUCACACCCUAACACGACCUUCCAUAGAGAGCCAACCGAUGAGUCUGAGCUGCAGCCGUUUACGAUAGCUAAUGUGAAGGGAAGGCAUAUGACGUCGACUAUAUUUCACGCAACUCGAGCUCCGGCCACCGUGCUGGUUACCACCCCCCACCAAAGUACUGUCAUAUCCCAGCCACACGACACAUUACCGCACAUACUAAAAUUCACACAUACAGAUGUACAUACGCAGCCCACGCCCUCCACCGUUCUCGUUAAAGAUAACUCCAAUGUCCUCACUGACUCCAGAGAAUUGCAUCUGUCCAAUACAGCUUCUACUAUAAUCCACGCUUCGAGCAACGCCACACAAGUCAUCCGGCGCGCUUAUUACGACGACGAGAACAGAGAGCAGCGGUUCUUAGUCAAUGACUCUGGCGUCAUGAUGGACGACGUCAAAAUGACGGACGACUCGAGGAAUGUCACACUGGAGUCCAUAGUGGACGAUGAUGACAGAUCCACGCCUGAGAGAUGUUCGGAAAUAUUUUGGGAGUCAACGGCGUCCGAACGGUCGGAAAGUCGGCGGCCUUUAGAAUUCAGCAGCGAUAGUGAUAAAUGCUGUAAGAGUCCGUUUGAAGAGACGAAUUCAACGGACUCUGGCGGACUAGGCACUCAUCUCAUGAGAUUAGACUCAGUGAUAAAAGAUGCUAGAGGUAUCGAGAGGAGUUGUAGUGCAGACAAUUCUUCGGCUGACGAUUCGCAUCCACCAUUGCGAACCUACCCCGCGAAACGAUCUUACCAUCACACGGAGAAUGAGAUGGAAAGCGUGUCCGGUAAGACUCGGGCAGGUGGAUCACCUGAUUUAGAGUCCAGAAGAAGGGCUUCCAAUCGAGGUGUUGUGAAACGCGGCUGCCAUUGUUGUAAUGGAUCGCCCACACCGUCUCGACCUAAAAAGCCGCGGUCGAGAAAACAUAAUGCCGACUUUAAUCAUUAAUGGCGCGGCGACUAGGAGAAAAGACUAGUUCUGGGACCGUUAAAGUGUAGAAUUUUCGACUGAAAUAAUUAAUAUUUGUAUGUCUAUAUUAAAUUCUUUACCCCGCAACGGGCUAUUUGGUAUAUUAUUGUUUAUUAGGAGAAAUAAUAUUAUUUAUUUUUAAUGGGCUUAGAAAUGUUAGCCGAUAUUGAUAUUCAUGCAUUGUGAAGACAGAUUUCCAUGCGGAAUCGAAAUUACACAUUGAAUCCAAAUAGAACUUUGUGACCGACGCCGCCCGAGACCGCUGUGAGAUAGCCCUACGGCGCACGUGGACGCUAGACUGAAUGCGAUCUCUGCGAGAGUACUUGUAUCAUAUUAUAAGCCAUUGUUAACUUUGCAUUGUUAUUUGUAUAUAGCGAUUACUAUUAUUUUACGCUUGAUUCUAUUUUGUUACUAUUAUAAUAGGUUUAGCGAUUGCUUUGUACUUUUAUAGUUUUUGGUCACCUGUCAGUUCAAAUUUAUUUGGAUGUCUUAUUUUGAGGGUAGGUGUGUAUUCCCUUUUAUUUGUUAAAUAUUCUUGUAAAAUGUAUUGAUAGACUGUACAAUACUUAUAUUUUAGGGUUAACUCGGUAAGCAGUAAGUGUUUCCACUAGAUUAUAUAAAGCCAUACUCAAUAUUAUGUGAAUUUAAUUCUUUAGUAGCAUCAUUCUAUCUAUUGCUAGACUGACGAUUUUAUUAGCAUUUAGCAUGUACUAUUCGGAUUCGUUUUGAAUAAUUUACUAUUUCUAAAUAUCAGAAACUUCCAAAAUAACUGCACAAAUUUGAUACAAUGAUUUAUAACAUGGGUUAUAUAAUAGUUAAUUUAUUAUGUAUAGCGAUGAUUGCGCCCAGAAGAGCGCAUGACUUAUUAUUAUGAGUAAAACAAUUUUAGUAGGAAAUAUAACGUUAGGGGGUAAUCUUUCGAGAUUGUGUACAUAGUCCAGCCACCGCUCUUGUGGGGCGCUCUAGUCACUAAACAGUUAUUAAUAUCGUCUUUAGAAUCUGUGGUUGGGAAUGCCCCUAACAAUAGGCUGAAAGCCGCGUCUAUAACUUCAGUAUUCUGUCGUUUGUAUAUAACAGAUACAUUAUAAUACAAUAAUUUUUGUGUGAACUCUCGCUGUUGUUUCCCCGUAAAUGUAAAUAAUAUUAGCGAAUUUAGCGUCACGGUUCCAUAGUGAAUAUUGUAUUUGAAAUAUUUCUGUCUGUAUACUCUUAAUCGGGUUUCAAAUAAUCAUAGUUCGAAAGUUAUUUCAAGUAGUAUUAAGAUAUAAUAUUAAAGGCUCCACUCUCUCUUUGUCGGAAAGAGUUUUAUAAAGUUGAUAACUACAAGGCUAUAUAAGCUAUUAGUAGCCAGUGCUGGAUUAUGUUCAGUUUAUUAGAGAUUUUUUUUUUAUUGGAAAAAAUUUUUUUUUUAUUGGAAAAAAAAAUUUUUUUUUUAUUGGAAAAAAAAAAUUUUUUUACGUACAUUCUGUGCUUGAAGUCCGGAUUUAUAUAAUCUGUUGUUAUUGUUUAGAUAUUGUAGGUAAGUUUCGAUAAUGAGAAUUGUUAUUUUUUUUCAUAUUGUAUAAUUUUUUAGUUCUAGUUUGGUGUCUAUACAAUUUAAAGAAAUUUUAUUUUGUAAUUCACCCUGAAAUGUGUGACUUUGUAAACAUAUUAAGUGCUAAAGGAUAAAUGAUGAUUAAAAACUUAUUAAGGGUUAUA